CUCCUCCUCUGUAGACUGCAGCCUCACUUUUUUUUUUUUUUUUUUGUGUUUUUUUUUCUUACUUCUCUAAUCUCAGCGAUGUGAGCAACGAGAACACGAUCUCAUACCAAGAAUAAUUUAUUAUCAUUCUCGAGCACAAGACCAUCUUAUUAGUAUUCAUCUUGAUCUUUUAAUAAUACCAUGUAUACUCCCAAGAUCUUGUUCUUAUCCCUUUCCCAAUUCCUCCUCCUCCUCCUUCAUCUUCACCUUCUUCUUCCCCCGGCUGCCGCCGACGACCCUCUCUACCAGAUAUGCGGCAACAAUGGCAACUACACGGCGAACAGCACGUACCAGUCCAACCUCAACCUCAUCCUCUCCUCCCUCGCCGCCAACGCCUCCGCCGGCGGCGCCGGGUUCUCCGAAGGGACCGCCGGCCAGACCCCCAACCAGGUCUCCGGCCUCGCCCUCUGCCGCGGCGACGUCAACGCCUCCGCCUGCGGCUCCUGCCUCCGCCUCGGCGCCUCCGACGUCCUCAACCUCUGCCCCUACAACAAGGACGCCGUCAUCUGGUACGAUGACUGCCUCAUCCGCUACUCUAACUUGCACUUCCUCACCUCCACGGACAACUCGCUGCAAGAGAUCUUGUAUAACAUCUACAAUAUCACCUACAAACCCCAUGUAUUUGAUGAAAUGACUGCAUGGUUGAUCAAUAGAACAGCCGACUGGGCAGCACACAACACAAAGAGUAGGUUUGCGACGGCGGAGGCAAACUACACAGCCGAUAUACCGUUAUACGGGUUGGUGCAGUGUACACCAGAUUUGACGCCAGUAGAGUGCUGGCAGUGUCUGCAAAACCUAAUUAGCGAGAUGCCCCAAUAUUUCUUAGGGAGAAAGGGCGGGCGAAUUCUUGGAGUGAGGUGCAAUCUCCGGUAUGAAGUGUAUUCAUUCUUUGAUGUGGCACACUCGCUAAGGCUUGUUCUUCCGGCAGUAAGUGCGCCAGCGCCUGCUCCUGUUGUACAUACCCCAGUAUUUGUUCCGGCUAGGGAAGAAGGAAAGAAGAAGAAUGUAACAGCAACAGUUCUCGCAAUUGCCCUACCUCUAGCUGCUGCUCUUGUUCUUAUAUCUGCUAUCUGCAUUUGCUUCUGGAGGAAGAGAUCGGCAAUAAAACAACCACUAUUAUAUGAAACUACUGCAGAGGAGAUUAGAAAUGUCGACUCACUGCUUAUUGAUCUGCCAACACUCAGAGCUGCAACUGGUAAUUUUGAUGAGGUCAAUAAACUUGGCGAAGGAGGAUUUGGUGCUGUUUAUAAGGGGAUCCUACAUGAUGGGCGUGAGAUAGCAGUUAAAAGACUAUCCAGAAGCUCAGGGCAAGGAAUAGAGGAACUGAAAAAUGAGCUUGUUCUUGUAGCCAAACUUCAACACAAGAAUCUUGUAAGACUUCUAGGCGUAUGCUUGGAGGAGCAAGAGAAGCUUCUUGUCUAUGAAUAUGUGCCUAACAGAAGCUUAGACACCGUUCUUUUUGAUUCUGAGAAGAAGCAGCAGCUUGACUGGGGGAAGAGGUAUAGGAUCAUUAAUGGAAUAGCUCGAGCACUAGUAUAUCUGCAUGAAGAUUCUCAGCUGAAAAUUAUUCAUAGGGAUUUGAAAGCUAGUAACAUUUUACUAGAUGCAGACAUGAACCCUAAGAUUUCAGACUUUGGUCUGGCUAGGCUUUUUGGAGGAGACCAAACUCAGGCGGUCACGAACCGUGUUGUUGGGACAUUUGGAUAUAUGGCACCAGAAUACGCCAUGCACGGCCACUUCUCAAUCAAGUCAGAUGUAUUCAGCUUUGGUGUUCUUAUUCUGGAGAUCAUCACAUCGAGGAAAAACACUGCUACCCUCGAAUCUGAGCAUGCUGAAGAUCUCUUAACCUAUAUAUGGGAGCGUUGGAUCAACGGAACAAUUCUAGAGAUAGUGGAUCCAUCCAUGGGCAGGAAUUACUCAAGAAAUGAGGCAUUGAGAUGCAUCCACAUCGGAUUGUUAUGUGUUCAGGAGAAUCCAGCUGAUAGACCGAACAUGUCGACAGUGGUGGUGAUGCUAAGCAGUGAGACAGUUUCACUUCAAGCUCCAUACAAGCCAGCGUUUUGCAUUGGAAAGAGCGGUAUUAACUCCGGAAGUUUCCGACAUCAAGCUAAUCACUAUGGAGGUAUUGGAGACCAAUCCUCGAAUAGUUCUAUUCCCAUGUCGCCAAAUGAGGUUUCGAUUACUGAACUAGAACCUAGGUAGAAGUAGAAAUCGUGAUUAGCAUGUUGGCGGAUUUAGCAUAUUAUAACAAGUUCCUAUGAAAUUUCAGAACCUUGUUUAUGUUGUGUGUACCAUUUAUGGCAUAUGUGAACUCUUUAGAAGUAAAUAAAAUUACCCAGAAUUUAAUAAAAUGUGAAGCAUAUGCGAAUAAUCUUAUUUUA